GGCGGCGGCGGCGGAGAGCGCCGGGAGAGCCGAGCGGGCGGGCGGCGGGCGGAGGGAGCGAGCGCGCGGCCGCCACAAAGCUCGGGCGCCGCGGGCUGCAUGCGCUACCUGGCCGGCGCGGCGACUCCUGUGCAGGCUGGCGCGGCCGGCCGCGAGCCCGGGGGCCCGGAGGCCGCAGCGCUGCUGCGCGCUCUGAGCGUUCGCAACUCGCCAGCAAAGUUUGGCGGAGGGAGCGCCGCGCCUGAGUCCUUUCUUCCUCUCGCUCCCCAAAUCCGAGGGCAGCCCGCGGGCGUCAUGCCCGCGCUCCUCCGCGGCCCGCGGCGCGCGUGAAGCCUGGGAGCCUCGGCGCCCUUGGCGGGGACGCGAGGGCCACUGUUACCGGAGUUGCCCCCGACCUCGUCGCCUGCUCCGUCCCGACCCACGCCGGGCGCGGGACAGACACUUCGCGGAGGAGCGUUGCCAUUCAAGCGGCAGCAGCAGCAGCAGCAGCACCUCGGUCCCUGAGCCCACCGCAGGCUGAAGGCAUUGCUGGCAGUCCAUGCUCGUAGAGGAAGUGUGCAGAUGGGAUUAACGUCCAUAUGGAGAUAUGGAAGAGGACCGGGGAUUGGCAUUGUAACCAUGGUCAGCUGGGGCCACUUCAUCUUCCUGGUCGUGGUCACCAUGGCAACCUUGUCCCUGGCCCGGCCCUCAUUCAAUUUAGUUGAGGAUACCACAUUAGAGCCGGAAGAGCCACCAACCAAAUACCAAAUUUCUCAACCGGAAGUGUACGUGGCCGCGCCAGGGGAGUCGCUAGAGUUGCGCUGCCUGUUGAAAGAUGCCACCAUGAUCAGUUGGACUAAGGAUGGGGUACACGUGGGGCCCAACAAUAGGACAGUGCUUAUUGGGGAAUACUUGCAGAUAAAAGGCGCCACGCCUAGAGACUCCGGCCUCUAUGCUUGCACUGCCGCUAGGACUGUAGACAGUGACACUUGGUACUUCAUGGUGAAUGUCACAGAUGCCAUCUCAUCCGGAGAUGACGAGGACGACACAGACGGCCCUGAGGAUUUUGUCAGUGAGAACAGUAACAGCAAGAGAGCCCCAUACUGGACAAACACAGAAAAGAUGGAAAAACGGCUACAUGCUGUUCCUGCGGCCAACACUGUCAAGUUUCGCUGCCCAGCUGGGGGGAAUCCAACACCGACCAUGAGGUGGCUGAAAAACGGAAAGGAAUUUAAGCAGGAGCAUCGCAUCGGAGGCUACAAGGUACGCAACCAGCACUGGAGCCUCAUCAUGGAAAGUGUGGUCCCGUCUGACAAAGGCAAUUACACCUGCGUGGUGGAGAAUGGCUACGGCUCCAUCAAUCACACCUACCACCUCGAUGUCGUGGAGCGGUCGCCACACCGGCCCAUCCUCCAAGCCGGACUGCCGGCCAACGCCUCCACGGUGGUCGGAGGUGACGUGGAGUUCGUCUGCAAAGUUUACAGCGAUGCCCAGCCCCACAUCCAGUGGAUCAAGCACGUGGAAAAGAACGGCAGUAAAUACGGGCCCGACGGGCUGCCCUACCUCAAGGUUCUCAAGGCCGCCGGUGUUAACACCACGGACAAAGAGAUUGAGGUUCUCUAUAUUCGGAAUGUAACUUUUGAGGAUGCGGGGGAGUAUACGUGCUUGGCGGGUAAUUCUAUUGGGAUAUCCUUUCACUCUGCAUGGUUGACAGUUCUGCCAGCUCCCGUAAGAGAAAAGGAGAUCACAGCUUCCCCAGACUACCUGGAGAUAGCCAUUUACUGCAUAGGGGUCUUCUUGAUCGCCUGUAUGGUGGUCACAGUCAUCCUGUGCCGAAUGAAGACCACGGCGAAGAAGCCGGACUUCAGCAGCCAGCCAGCUGUGCACAAGCUGACCAAGCGCAUCCCGCUGCGGAGACAGGUUUCUGCCGAGUCCAGCUCCUCCAUGAACUCCAACACCCCGCUGGUGAGGAUAACAACACGCCUCUCCUCAACAGCGGACACCCCCAUGCUGGCGGGGGUCUCUGAAUACGAACUGCCGGAGGACCCAAAAUGGGAGUUUCCAAGAGACAAGCUGACGCUGGGCAAACCCCUGGGGGAAGGCUGCUUCGGGCAAGUGGUCAUGGCAGAAGCCGUGGGGAUCGACAAAGAUAAGGCCAAGGAGGCGGUCACCGUGGCGGUGAAGAUGUUGAAAGAUGAUGCUACGGAGAAAGACCUUUCUGAUCUGGUGUCAGAGAUGGAGAUGAUGAAGAUGAUUGGAAAACACAAAAAUAUCAUAAAUCUUCUUGGAGCCUGUACUCAAGAUGGACCACUCUACGUCAUAGUGGAGUACGCCUCGAAAGGCAACCUCCGAGAAUACCUGCGAGCCCGGAGGCCACCCGGAAUGGAGUACUCCUAUGACAUUAACCGUGUGCCCGAGGAGCAGAUGACCUUCAAGGACUUGGUGUCCUGCACCUACCAGCUCGCGAGGGGCAUGGAGUACUUGGCUUCCCAAAAAUGUAUUCACCGAGACCUAGCCGCCAGAAAUGUUUUGGUGACAGAAAACAACGUGAUGAAAAUAGCCGACUUCGGGCUGGCCAGAGACAUCAACAACAUCGACUAUUACAAAAAGACCACGAAUGGACGACUUCCAGUCAAGUGGAUGGCCCCAGAAGCCCUUUUUGAUAGGGUGUACACGCACCAGAGUGAUGUCUGGUCCUUUGGGGUGUUAAUGUGGGAGAUCUUCACUUUAGGGGGCUCGCCCUACCCAGGGAUUCCCGUGGAGGAACUGUUUAAGCUGCUGAAGGAAGGACACAGGAUGGAUAAGCCGGCUAACUGCACCAAUGAACUGUAUAUGAUGAUGAGGGACUGUUGGCAUGCAGUGCCCUCCCAGAGACCCACGUUCAAGCAGCUGGUAGAGGACUUAGACCGGAUUCUCACUCUCACGACCAAUGAGGAAUACUUGGACCUCAGUCAGCCUCUCGAACAGUAUUCUCCUAGUUCCCCUGACACAAGGAGUUCUUGUUCUUCAGGAGAUGACUCUGUUUUCUCUCCAGACCCCACGCCUUACGAACCAUGCCUUCCUCAGUAUCCACACAGAAACGGCAGUGUUAAGACAUGAGUGAGCGUGUCCGCCUGUCCCCAAACGGGGCAGCGCCAGGGACCGGCCUGCGCUGAGCAGGGAGGCCGCGCCUCCCAGAGCUUGUCGUCUCCGCUUGUAUAUAUGGAUCAGAGGAGUAAAUAAUCGGAAGAGUAAUCGGCACAUGUGUAAAGAUGUAUACAAUUGAAAACUUGCAGUCUGCACCAGGAGAAGAACGCUUCUGGGCGGAUGGACCGCCACAGGCCACCACGCUGCCCUCCGGCCCGCCCCGGACACUGGCUGUGGACCAGUCGGACUCAAGGCAGACGCCCCUGCUGCCUUCCUUGUUAAUUUUGUAAUAAUUGGAGAAAAUAUAUGUCAGCACACAUUUACGGAGCACAAAUGCAGUAUAUAGGUGCUGGAUGUAUGUAAAUAUAUUCAAAUUUAUGUAUAAAUAUAUAUUAUAUAUUUACAAGGAAUUAUUUUUUGUAUUGAUUUUAAAUGGAUGUCCCAAUGCACCUAGAAAAUUGGUCUUUCUCUUUUUUUUUUUUUAAAUAGCUAUUUGCUAAAUGCUGUUCUUACACAGAAUUUCUUAAUUUUCACCGAGCAGAGGUGGAAAAAUACUUUUGCUUUCAGGGAAAAUGGUAUAACAUUAAUUUAUUAAUGAAUUGGUAAUAUACAAAACAAUUAAUCAUUUAUAGUUUUCUUUUUUUUUGUAAUUUAAGUGGCAUUUCUAUACAGGCAGUGCAGCAGACUAGUUAAUCUAUUGCUUGGACUUAACUAGGUAUCAGAUCCUUUGAAAAGAGAAAUAUUUACAAUAUAUGACUAAUUUGGGAAAAAUGAAGUUUUGAUUUGUUUGUGUUUAAACUCUGCUGUCAGAUGAUUGUUCUUAACGCCCCCCCACACCCCCUACCUCCCCCAAAUCCCCACCAAUGCCCAUGGUAAAAGGACCCGUUAAUAGGAAGGUGUUUCGUUUUGUAUGCAGGUCUGUCUUUGGGCCAGUGCGACAUUUAACUGGACUUCUCGAGACAAAAUGGUACCAGUGUCCUCUUUAAAAGAUGCCUUAAUCCAUUCCUAGAGCACAGGCUGAGAUGAUAGCGCGUGCACUUCUCCCCCGGGUUGCACAUUAAUCAGAUUAGCCUGUAUUCUCUUCAGUGAAUUCUGAUAAUGGAUUCCAGAUUCUUUGGCAUUAGAGAAGCCUUUUAGGAUCUUCAAGUCCCAUCACAGAAAAUGGAAACUCAAAGUUGUUCUGCUGAUAGUGUUGGGGGGAUGCUUCCAUUUUUUUUUUUUAAGGGAUUGCUUCCAUCUGAUUUUGGUAGGACCUCUCCCAAAUAUCCCUCCUAACACCUACGCCAGAGAGAACAUCGCCGUGUCGUCCAUUCUGUAUUAAAGUAUUGUGUUUUGCUUUCGAAACACCCACUCACUUUGCUAUAGCCAUGCGACAUGAAUGCAGAUGACACUGAUUUUACGUGUUACAAAAUUGGAGAAAGUAUUUAAUAAAACUUGUUAAUUUUUAUACUGACAAUAAAAAUGUUUCUACGGAUAUUAAUGUUAACAAGACAAAAUAAAUGUCACGCAGCUUAUUUUUUUAA